AUGAGCCGUCGAAAAAAGGGAGACCACAGGAGUCCACAGAGCCCUCGAAAGCGACGAUACAGGCCAGGCACGAAGGCUCUGAUGGAAAUAAGAAAGUUCCAGAAGUCGACAGAUCUACUCAUUAGGAAGUUGCCCUUCUCUCGGGUGGUCCGAGAGAUUGCCAGCAAUAUAUACAGAGAACCCCUCAACUGGCAGGCCACAGCAAUUAUGGCUCUACAAGAGGCAGCCGAGGCAUACCUAGUGUACCUGUUCGAGGAUUCUCUAAUGUGCUCCAUCCAUGCCAAGCGCGUGACUAUCAUGCCCAAGGACAUGUGGCUAGCUCGGCGACUUCGGGGAGAUGAUCGAUUUGCAAUAUAGAAAAGAUAGUUUGCAAGAUGUUUAUCACAUGGAAUGACUAUAUACUUUGACAAACUUCUGAAGUGUUUGCUUCCUAUGAAAGUUUGUUUCGUCAAAAUGGAUCUUCCAGAUAUCUCACAUCUGAUUUCGGUAUUUUUAUGAAUCUGUAUACAUCUUGGAACUGAUUUGCAUCUCCGUAAGAUUAUUAUCAUGAUUAUUAGCUUGGCCUCAAACAGUUGGCUAAAAUGGCAGACUGUCAUAAGGGUACUGAAAACUGGACGGCUCCAAUAUGACGCUUUGAUGAUUUCAUGUCACUGUGCCCUAAAAGUAUGGAUAUUCAUCUGCCCACGUGCCUGAAUUGUUUCCGGAGCGGUGGGGUAGCGUAGUGAUUAAAGCGUGCGCUUGUCACACCGAAGACCCGGGUUCGAUUCCCCACAUGGGUACAAUGUGUGAAGCCCAUUUCUGGUGUCCCCUGCCGUGAUGUUGCUGGAAUAUUGCUAAAAGUGGCGUAAAACUCAACUCGCUUACUUACUUACUGAAUUGUUUCGUCACAGAUGGCCUUGAAAUAGCUGGAACAUUGCUUACCAGCAGGAAUCACAUCUACCUGACACUGGGUUUGGGCUAAAAAGAACGAUGAUCAAAUCAUUCUUUAUCAUUUACCUGUCCAAUUAUAAAGUGCUCCAUUUCUUGUCCUACCCUUUGUCUAGUUGUUGAGAAACGUCACAGUUUUACAUUUGCCCUUGGGUUGAAAAAGAACCAUUUGUGUGGUUGGUGAAAGUAGAGUUAAAUUCAUAUAUAUCUAUCUACUUUGGGAUAAGUUGGAGUAUGUAUAUUCUGAUCCGAGGAAUUGUAGAAAGUUGGCCAAAGAUUUGCCAUCCAUCAUGGUCUGAUUUGGUUAGUGCAUGGUUCACGCAGAUUUGAGGCUUUGGAUUUCUAUCUUGAAAAUAGGUUAUAUGCUUUGGAAAGGGCCGGGGAUUGAAAUUCUGCCAUGAAAAUGGGUGAUGUUUUUUUAAAAUGACCUGAAAUUGAAAACCUGCCUUGAAAAUGAUUAAUGCUUCUUGAAGAGGGCCUUGAAUUGAGAUUUUGUCUUGAAAAUAGGAGAUGUUUCUUGAAUAGGGCCUUAAAAUAAGAGUCUGCCUUGAAAGUGUGUAUUGUCUUUUAAAAGGCCUUGAAUAUCUCAUGUUAAAUUUCUUUUUAUUCUUUGAAAACAAUGUGAAUAUGAAUUUUGUAUCUGUAUAAUAUCUGUUGGAGUUACUAGCUAGAGCCACUGCUGUUUACUAUGUAUACAAUGGCGUAGAAUUUGUUAGGUUGUGUGCACUGCCAUGGAUUUGGGAGGGAGAGUAUUGAAAAUUCCUGGAAUUUUACGAAUUUAUGUAAAAAGAGUACUCCCACAUACAGAAAUGGUUUUAGCGUUUGUUGGUAAGGAACC